AAGCUCUUACCACUUCCGGAAAGUGUCACGCUGUCCUCCAUCGGCGCAAAUCUCAGUCCACAGAGGGUCACUUCAGGAAAAACUCCGGUCAAAUCAUGGUUUUCGAGGACAAAAUGAUCACGAACGGAGAACCAGAGGAGGAGGAGGAAGAGGAGGAGGAAGAGGAAAUGGUGGAUCCUCUAGAGACAGUGAGGCAGAAGUGUGAGGAGACAGAGCACUGUGCUCAUGCUCGUGAGCGGCUCGAGUCCUGCGAGACACGGGUGAACUCGCGCUCACAGACGACAGAAGACUGUACGGAGGAGCUCUUCGACUUUCUGCACGCCCGAGACCACUGUGUGGCCCACAAGGUGUUCCAGUCAAUCAAAUAAAUGAAGCAUCUCUGUGCUGUUUAUAAAUCAAUGUAUGCUUAUAGAAGUACAGCGCUCAGUUAUUUAUGUGAUUUUUGUCCCACAUUCAAUAAUUCACCGUAACCGGUCGGUUCUUUUAAAUCAUCCAUUUACCCAGGUGUGACUGACGUGGUAUUAACUGUGCUCUGUUUUCAUCUCUCAUAUGAAAUAAUUCAUCAUAGAUGGUGACACAGUUUGUGUUUAUGCUGAUGUAAAAUAACAGAACACAAUAAAGAGAAAACAAGUAA